CACCGGAAAAUAUCCUAGCCUUUUUUGACACUUUUAUACUCGCAGAGAGAGAGAGGGGGAGGAGAAUCGACCGUCGGGAUGCAGGUGUUAGGAGGAGCAGGAGCUAUAAGCGACUUGUUGGUGGCGAUUCCCUCGUCAACCGGAAGUUUCUUUAGGUCUUGUGUUUUCAGGCACCUCCAGUCCAACUACUCUCUUUCUGCUCCACCCUUCAAAAGAUGUCUUUCAUCCCCUAAUUGGAUCUCAAAGCAAGGGACUGGACUGGAGAAGUGUCGAGCUCGAGGCUUGACUAUUAGAGCGUCAGGAGACUCAAGUGAUAACUUGAUGCCAGUAGCUCCUCUGCAACUAGAAUCCCCAGCUGGCCAGCUUUUGGCGCAAAUAUUGCAAACCCAUCCUCAUUUACUACCUGCAGCCGUUGAUCAACAGCUUGAGAACCUUCAUACAGACAGGAAUGUUGAAGGAGAGAAAACUUCGCCAUCCCAGGAUCCCCUUUAUAAGAGAAUAGCCGAAGUCAGAGAAAAGGAAAGGCACAAGACAUUGGAGGAGAUAAUUUACUGUCUGAUUGUGCUUAAAUUUGUAGAUAAUGACAUUUCAAUGAUCCCGAAGGUGACAGAAACUUCAGAUCCUGCAGGACGAGUAGAUUUUUGGCCAAACCAAGAGCAGAAGCUAGAAUCGAUUCAUUCUUCUGAAGCAUUCGAGAUGAUACUGAGCCAUUUAUCUAUCGUGCUGGGAGAACGCACAGUGGGCCCCCUUGAUCCCAUUGUUCAAAUAAGCAAAAUCAAACUUGGAAAAUUGUAUGCUGCAUCUAUAAUGUAUGGAUAUUUCCUGAGAAGAGUUGAUCAACGAUAUCAACUUGAGAGGACUAUGAAAACCCUUCCCAAGGGUUUCGAUGAAGACAAGGCGAGACUUGAAGGUCCAACCCCAUCAAACCAGUUAUGGGAUCCAGAUUCAUUGAUCAUGAUUCAGCCUGAUGAUGGAACCGUCACUGAUGAGAGGGGCUUCAUGGACAGCGAAGACGGAAAAUCAUAUAGACUGAGGUCCUAUGUGAUGUAUUUGGAUGCAGAGACACUUCAAAGAUACGCAACCAUAAGAUCCAAGGAAGCCAUUUCUUUAAUAGAAAGGCAGACCCAAGCAUUAUUUGGGAGGCCUGACAUUAGGGUUUCUGAUGAUGGGUCGAUUGGCAUAGAGAAUGAUGACGUGCUUUCGAUUAGUUUCUCUGGAUUAACAAUGCUAGUCUUGGAGGCAGUAGCAUUUGGAUCUUUCAUGUGGGACGCAGAAAGCUAUGUUGAAACAAAAUACCAUUUUGUUAAUAGCUAAGGCAUUGCUUUCUCUAGUUAUUCAUGUCAAAAUUGUAAAGCAUGUUGUGUCUUUCCUCUUCAUCUUCUUCUUCCUCUUCCCCCCACACUGCACAGUCAAAACUGGUGAUAUCAUGAUGUUGUAAUACUGUAAUUUCUCUUAGAUGCCAUGGUUAGGUCUUGAGGUUGUUGAGGAUUAAAAUUUAUAGACUAUAGUGUAAUUGAGCAGUGCAUGUACUUAGCUGCUUGUGGUGAUGAAAUUUGGUAUUUGGUUUA